AUGGAGACACCGGGCUGCCCGGCCUUCCCCCCGCCUCGCCGGCCCGGGGGUCCCCCUGGGCUCCCCCGGCCUCCCACCGCCUUCGCCCUCGGUGCACCGGGGCCGCACCGGCGGCCGCCGCCGCUCAGCCCCCGCCCCGGCCGCUGCCCGCCGCUCCGGGCCGAGCCGCGGUACCCGGGGGUCGCCAGCCCGGGCCCCCCCGCCGCGGCCGUGCACGGGAAGCCCCUGUACCCGGCCGGGGCUGCAGGUGAGAAGGGCUGCAAAGGUGGGUUCCAGGCAAUUCCCACAGCCUGCAGGGUCUCCCAGAAAGCCCCGGAGGAUCUGGGGUGCCCCCUGGCAGCACCCCUGGGCAGCCUCCGGGACCACGGCAUCCCCGAGCUCCCCGAGUCCCUGGGCAAGAGCAAGAGCAAGAAGAGGAGGAACAGGACCACCUUCAGCACGUUCCAGCUGGAGGAGCUGGAGAAGGUUUUCCAGAAGACGCAUUAUCCCGACGUGUACGCCCGGGAGCAGCUGGCACUGCGCACAGACCUGACUGAAGCCAGGGUGCAGGUUUGGUUCCAGAACCGCCGGGCCAAGUGGCGGAAACGGGAACGUUACGGGAAAAUCCAGGAGCUUCAGAACAACCUGUGGCCGAGCCCUGGGAGCCCCCCGGGGCUGCUGCCCCCCGAGGGCAUCCCAUCCCCCUGCAUGUCCCCGUACCCCCCCGCUGCCAGCAGCGGCUUCGUGGGCAUCCCCGCGUCCCCGGGCCCCCACCCCGGCAUCAACAGCCUCUACUCCCUGCACGGGCUGCCCCCCCCGGCCCUGGGCCCCCACCCCUUCGAGCCGCCCCCCCAACACGACUACAAGGCGCCCACCCUGAUGCCACUGAGGAUGAAGAGCAAAGAGGGGGCCGGGAGCCUCCUGGAUUGGGCCACAUGAUCCCCUGGGGGGAUGGACACGGAGCCUUCAUCCCCCCAGAGCGUAUCCCCCACCCCCCGGCAGCAGGGAGGGGGGUCAGAGUGGUGGGGUCACCUUCACCCCUCUCUGCACGCCCUGAGCUUUCCUGCACACACCUCGAUCCACCCCCACUGAGAGGGGGCCACAGGGGGGCUGUGGGGAGGAAAAAGAGGCGCCCCCAAAUCCAGGCUGCCCCAGCAGGGCUGGCACUGGCAGCUCGGGACCCCAGAAAGGGCUGCCCAAAAUCCCUGAGCCCUCCCAGCGCCUGCAGUGACUGGGGUUUGAUGGAGAGCCCGGUGGUUCCCCCCGCUCCGGGCACUGCCAGCCGUGGGCGUGGCUGAGGAGGGGCUGUGCCAGGGGGAGCACCGGGGCAGGGGAGUUUUGUGGGCAAUUCUCCCCUCCCCAGGUGAAAUUUGGCCGCUCACCCCCCGCCCAGUACAACCAGCAAUGGCAGAAAUUGGGCUCUUCCUCUCCCAGUCCCAUACUGGGAAGACUGGACUGGGACAGCUGCUGGUGCUCGCGGGUCAUUGAGGGCAGGGCCCAGGAGCUCCAAAGUCCCCUCCAGAGCAUCCCAGCUGGUUCUGCUCCCUCCUGGAGGGGAAAUAACGCCCUGGCACAGCUCCUGGAGCCCCCUGGCACAGGCAAUAACUCCAUGAGGUGGGAGCUACCGGGAUAAGGCAUCCCAAAUUAAAGGGGUGCUCUGUUACCCCUCAGGAAGGUGUUUCAAUCCCAGCAGGGGGAACCCUCCCCGGUGCUCCAGCUGGGGUGUUGGGGGCACAGCUGGUCGAUUUGGGGAGGGGGUUCUGCAUUUUGCAGGGCUCUGCAUGUUACUGGUGCUCCCUGCAAGGCCAGUCCUGGGGGAGGGGGCACCUCACUGUAUCCAACCUGGUUCAUCUGCUCAGGGGGCUCCCAGGGGGGCUCCCUGAGUCCCUCCAAGAGCCAGCGUGUCCUGUCCCCCCCUUCACCCACUGUGACCUCCCCACUACAGGGAAACACCAAAAAACGAAGGCAGGAAUGAACCCUGCUCACCCCAGCACCAGGAGAUGCUGGCACACCCCCAGGGCCCCUCUCAGGCCAAACCCCCUCCCUGCAAAAUCUGCAAUGGGCCCUGCCCCAGCUCCCACAUCCUGAUGGAGGGACACCCCUGUGGGGCACCCAGAUCCCCUCGGGGAGGCACCAAACCUCCCUGAGAGGAGGUUCCAG